AUGCUGUACAACAAUACUCGCAUUCUUCAAAUCAAUCUAAACAAGAGCCCUCAAGCAACCGAAAGUGCUCUUCAACUUGCUUUAGAACUCAAAAUUGAUCUCAUAGUCAUUCAAGAACCCUGGAUCCUCUCGAAUCCUGAGAAAGACUUCUCCUCAACCAGAUCUAUUGCCCACUCCAGCUUCUCUCAACUCCUCCCAAAUAAUCCUCCGAACCUGCGUCCCCGAACUAUGAUCUACAUUUCAAAAGGAUUCAAACCGCUAGUAGCCCUAGCUCCCAACUCCCCUAAUGAUCCAGAUAUUCAAAUCAUUGAUAUCACUCAAGGAAAACAUACAAUACAACUCAUCAAUAUCUACAAUGAAGCGGACCAAGCCAAAGAAAAAGGCCACACCAUCGAAAGAUGCCUUUACAAUACCCCUCUUACUCAUCACACCAUCCUCGUAGGAGAUUUCAACUCCCAUCACCCUUGGUGGGACCCCUUCUCUAACAAAAGCUCAAAUGCCGACCUACUCACCGAAUGGUUUGAGGAUCACAAUCUCAUUCUAUUUAACGAACCAGGCACGAGCACCUUUUAUCGAACAAAUAUGACAAAUCCAAGUGUCUUAGACCUUACUUUAGCCACAGAUUCAGUAUCUCCCUAUAUCACUGAUUGGCAAGUCCUCCCGGAUCUUGGAUCAGAUCACUUAAGCAUUCUCUUUGAAGUAAAGGGCACUUCAUCCCGUACAACGAAUAUAUCUCAGCCAGCAAGAUUCAACACAAAACUUGCGGAUUGGGAAAAAUUCGCGAAUACCCUCAAAUCGAAAAUAUCGAUAUCAACCACCUUAAAUUCGAGUGAAUACCUUAAUAUCGCUACCUCAGAAUCCAAUUCUCUUGAUUCCCUUCUCGACAAAAGCCAAUAUAUACAAGUAUUGGAUGAAGCUGCAAAAGAAUUCACCCGAAUAAUCACUUAUUCGGCUGAAACCAGUAUACCGAGAAUCAAGUCCACAAAAAGAGCUAAACCCUGGUGGUCCCCAGAGCUGAAAGCCCUUCGAAAACGACUCUCUAAUGCAUUUGAGAACGCCAAACUUUACCCGGAAGACGAUAUGUUCAAGAAAAUCUAUCAGUCAGCCAGGAAUCAUUACUUCCAAGCUAUUAAAACAGCAAAGAAAAACCAUUGGAAUGAGUUCCUUGAAAAAGAGGUGUUGACCUCCUGGGAUCUUGGCAGCAUAUGCAUAUAUAAAACCCAACAAGAGGAUACCCAAUCCAUAUUCAAGGCAAUGUCAUACACAAAAGAUAUACAAACCGAACGAAUCCCGAAUAUUCGAUCCAAUCCCUCUAAAGUAGAAAAUUCUUUCGAGGGAAAAUGCUCUGCAUUUAGAUCGACCCUAUUUCCUCCUCCUCCAUGCACCCCACCGCCCAAUUGGGAAAGCUAUAAACAAUCUAAGAAAUGGGAAUUGCCUGAUCUUACAGAGAGCGAACUCCUAAAUGCGUGCUCUGCAAAAAUCAAAGGAAAGACCCCUGGCCCCGAUGGGAUCACUCAAGAUAUCAUUAUUCAAGCGUACAAAGCAAUACCAAAAGCAUUCUUCACCCUCUUCAGUCAUCUUAUCAACCUUGGUUACCAUCCUUCUUGCUGGAAACAAGCUACUGGAGCGAUACUCAAGAAACCUUCAAAACCAGACUACUCGGCCCCAAAAGCUUAUAGAGUUAUCGCCCUACUAAAUUGCCUUGGCAAGAUAAGUGAAAGAAUUCUGGCUCAAAGGCUUAGCUACUUAGCGGAGACUACACAAUUACUUCAUUACUCUCAAAUGGGUGGAAGACAAAAGAAAUCAGCCAUCGAUACAGCAAUCUUACUCACUACCGAAAUCGAAAGAAAUUCAAGAUCCAAGAAGAAAACCUCAACUCUCUUCCUGGAUGUUAAAGGCGCCUUUGAUCAUGUAUCUAUGAACAAAUUAUUAGAUAUCUGCAAGAAUUUAAACCUCCCAACCAGCCUAAUCGCCUGGAUCUCAUCUUUUUUGAAGGAAAGGCUACUCAAGCUCUCAUUCGAUGGCCAAAUUGAAACCUUCAAACCGAUCAAUACCGGGAUCCCCCAAGGCAGCCCUAUUUCGCCAAUCCUCUUCUUAAUUUAUAUUCGAGAUCUAUUCUCAGCAAAUUCGAUCAAAUAUCUCUCAUAUAUAGAUGAUAUAGCUUUAACAACAUUUUCAACAUCCUGGAAAAAGAACAUCAUCUCCCUCGAAAGAGCAACUAAACAGAUAUAUGCUCUGGGCAAAGAAAAUGCUAUUCAAUUUGAUCUAGCGAAGACGGAACUAAUACACUUCUCUACAUCCAAAGAUACGAAGACAGCCUCAAUCAAGCUUCCGAACGAGGAAAUAAUUCAACCCUCAACAUUAGUUAGAUGGCUAGGCAUAUGGUUCGACCCUGGCCUCAGUUUCAAACAACAUGUCACAAUCCGAGCUACCCAGGCUAAAACCUCAUUCUACCGAAUGGCUAGACUUGCUAAUUCUGAAAAAGGCCUUAGUCCCAAGGCAAUGAGACAGCUUUAUAUGGCAUGUGUCACCAGCAUAGCUGACUACGGUUCAAUUUUAUGGUGGAAAGGGCAAAACCAAUUCAAGAAAAUCCUUCAAUCCCUGCAAAACCUCGCCCUUCGAAAAAUCCUAGGAGUAUUCAAAACCUCACCAAUAAAACCAAUGGAAAUAGAAGCCGCAUUGUGCCCUCCAGAAGUAAGGCUAAAUGCUGGAAUCAAACAAUACGCCUUCAGAUUAUUGAAAAUCUCCCCUUCUCAUCCCGUCAAUUUAAUAGCUACAAAGCUGGCUACAGAAAAGGAGAAUCAAGAUGUAGUUGCAACCCCUCGAAGAAAGCAAUUAAAACCUACUCAACUCGAAAAGAUCAAAAAUUCAAUCCAGAAAGACUUCGAUCCUCUCACUUUAGAAGGAAUCCAUCAUUUCUACUUUCCUCCUUGGAAGAAAGAAGUUCCAUAUAAAGUCAAUAUCAGCAAAUUAGGAAAAGAAGAAGCUGCGAUGAUCCACAAUCUGGCUUUCAAAUAUAGGUGCAAAAAUACCAUUACAAUAUAUACCGAUGCCUCAUCCACUUUAGAGGGAAUAGGGAUUGGGAUCGGGAUAGCGGUUAUCUUACCAAAUGGCCGAAUUUCACAUCAAGAGACUAUCAAUAUAGGUGUGAAUCAGCUUGUCUAUAAUGGGGAGCUUCUAGGAGUUACUAAAGCGAUCGAAUAUGCAAAUUCAAUAGCCCAGCCAGGAAACAAGUUCAAGAUAUACUCAGAUAAUCAAGCAGGAUUAUUCCGGUUGAAAACCCCCUCCGAUUUACCUGGUCAAUCAUGCCAAAUCAAAGCUAUAAAAGCUGCGGAAGCUAUUCAAAAUAAAGGAGCCGAAAUCUCUCUCAAUUGGGUCCCCGGACAUACAUCUGUACAAGGAAAUGAGCUAGCUGAUUCUCUUGCAAAAGAGGCGACCAAAAUACCAUCUUCAUCUCACGAAACCAGUUAUGCCUCCAUUGGAAUGGAUAUAAAAAGAAUGAAAUCAGAGAACUGGAUAGCCAUCCUUAACACUAACAAUUUUCAUCAACCAUCGUCAACAUAUUCAAGAAACUACCCCUGGAAGAUCAGCUCAAAAAUCAGAGUUCCAGGAAACAUCAAAAGAAGCACAAUCUGUGCUCUGUUCCAACUCAAAAUUGGACACGGAUACUUCAAAUCUUAUUUGAAACGAUUCGGUAUCUCCUCUAAUGACAAUUGUAGAUGUGGGGGAAAGGAAUCUCCUGAUCAUCUUCUGCUCAGUUGUCCUUUAUAUAAAAUGGCAAGGAAAACCCUCAAUAAGGAUAACCCCACAGUCCGACCUACCAUGAAAUAUCUGCUUCAUACUAAAGCAGGAAUCAUCAAGACCCUCGAAUUUAUCGAGGCGACGAGAAUAGCCACCAGAUCAUGGCAUCUCAAUAGAAUGCAUGAAGAAGAAGAGGAAGAAGGCGGAGAAGAAGGGGGUGGACCGGAAGAUUGUGAUUGA